AGCGGUCCGUCUGCUCGCAUUGACCAGUCGUGAUUCUCUGCGCUGUGGACAUGCUCGCGAUAGUAUCGCUGUGUCUCGUGCUCCUGGUCUGCUCCUGGCUGAGCAGGAGGACCCGCAAGGACGCUCCGAAGGGCAGCCCGCCGGGACCCAAGCCCUUGCCAGUCUUCGGCAGCCUGCAUCUGCUGGGCCAGCACGACACCCCGUUCGAGGCGUUCACGGCGCUCAGCAAGACCUAUGGGGAUAUCUUCAGCAUCAGCCUCGGCACGACGCCGUGCGUCGUCGUCAACAACUUCGAUCUCAUCAAGGAAGUGCUCAUCACGAAGGGCGGAGAUUUCGGGGGUCGGCCCGAUUUUCUGCGGUUCCACAAGCUCUUCGGAGGUGACAGGAAUAAUUCUCUGGCCCUUUGCGACUGGUCUGAAUUGCAGAAGACGAGGCGUAGCAUAGCCAGGACAUAUUGCUCUCCUAGAUUCACCUCUCUUCAGUUCGAUAGCGUCAACCGCGUUGGAGCUGAAGAAGUCAACACAUUCUUGGCUGAGAUACAAAAACUGCCAAUAAACACUCCAGUCGACAUCAAACCGAUAGUUCUUAAAGCUUGCGCUAACAUGUUCACCCAGUACAUGUGUUCGACUAGCUUUUCUUACAACGACAAAGAGUUCCAAAAAAUAGUAAGGUACUUCGACGAAAUAUUUUGGGAAAUCAACCAGGGCUACGCUGUAGACUUCCUUCCUUGGCUUCUUCCAUUUUAUCACGGACACAUGAAUAAACUAACGAAGUGGUCGACAGAAAUUCGCCAAUUCAUUCUUAGUAGAAUCAUCGAUAACCACAGAGCCACCCUAGACUUCAACUCGCCUCCUAGAGAUUUUACUGACGCCCUUUUAAUGCACCUAGAAGAAGAUCCGAACAUGAACUGGGAACACAUCAUAUUCGAACUUGAAGAUUUUAUCGGAGGUCAUUCAGCAAUCGGGAACUUAGUGAUGGUUACACUAGCUGCUAUUGUGAAGUACCCAGAAGUCGGAGACAGUAUCCGGAAAGAAAUAGAUGCAGUUACUGGAAAUAUGAGAGGUCCGAAUUUGUUCGACAAAGCUGCGAUGCCGUAUACUGAGUCCGUUCUAUGGGAAACCCUGAGAAAAGCUUCCUCGCCCAUAGUUCCACAUGUAGCGAGUGUUGAUACGGAAAUCUGUGGAUUCUCAAUUCCUAAAGGCACUAUGGUAUUCAUCAACAACUACGAGUUGAACGUGGGAAAAGAGUACUGGAACAAACCUGACGAAUUCCUGCCAGAAAGAUUCCUGUCUCCUGCUGGGAAUGUAGUGAAACCUACGCACUUCAUCCCGUUCAGCACAGGAAAGAGAACCUGCAUCGGACAGAGGUUGGUCCAAUGCUUCAGCUUCGUGAUUUUGGCGACCCUUCUCCAGAAAUUCGACGUGAGUGGUGGUGAUGACGUCGCAGCGAGGCCAGGAUGUGUGGCGGUACCUCCUGACUGUUUCAAACUGAUCCUGACACCUCGAAACCCUCCUGUAAUCAGCUCGGACUGAGGUAUGAGAGUAUUUCGUUCGCUUCCGUCCAGCGGUCAUCAAAUACCGAGCAACUGGCUUGAGAGACCGCUUCGCUGAGUAUAUAGAUUCAGCGACACCCUGUGAAUAUACCUCCGAUGCCUCUGGCUUUCAGGAACUGAACCCAAGGUGGCCUUCCUGCUGCGGCUGACUACGAAGACGAGGCCGACAGGCUCCGUGCCAAACAUCACCUGCGUUAUCAUUUUUUUAUUCCAUUAUUGUAUCGUGCAUUGUAUAUAUUUCAUGUGAAUUUAUUGUAAAAAUGUUUUAAUAAGUUAUCUUUAAUGUAGUCUCUCCAGUGGUAGGUCUAAUGUAAUGAGACUGAAUAAAUUGUGUGUAUUUUUAUUUUA